CCGCGACGCCGCUGAAGCCGUCCCGAAAGCGCCACCAAAAAAAGCCAUGAAGCUCGCCCUCGCCGCCGCCGCCGCCCUCACCGCUCCCUCGGGGGCGAUGUCGGCCUACUCCGUCGAGCUCGACGGUUCCGGCACGACGAACCCGUCGAAGUUCUACUGGGAGAUUAUGAGCCUCUUCGAGGCCCGCGCCAAGCCCGGCGUCAAGAUGACCUACCGCGCCGUCGGCUCCAGCACGGGCCAGUACGAGUUCAUGGGCGAGGACCAGGGCUUCGCCGCCUUCAACGACUUUGGGUCCGGCGACAUGCCGUUCUCGACCGAGAACUACGACAAGCUCAAGGCCGCGGGCGUCGCGCCCCUCCACAUCCCCUUCAACCUCGGCGCCAUGUCCUUCUUCCACAACGUGCCCGACUCGACGCUGCCGUCGACGGGCCUCAACCUCGACGCGUGCGUCAUCGCGGACAUCUUCAACGCGGUCAUCACGACCUGGGACCACGACGACAUCAUGGCCAUCAACCCGAACUUCAACCCCCCCGCCGGCGAGCCCAUCGUCGUCUACCACCGCACCUACGGCUCGUCCACCACCAAGGGCAUCACGCAGUACCUCGCGGCCGCGUGCCCCGACAAGUGGACGCAGGUCGGCUCGACCAUCGACUGGCCGUCUUCCACCUUCGCCGUCGAGGGCUCCGGCGAGAUGUCGUCGAUGAUCUCGAGCACGCCCUACGCCAUCGGCUACAUCGACAGCGGCCACGGCCACGACGACGGCCUCUCCGAGAUCGAGCUCAAGAACCUCGACGGCACGUACCAGUCGUCGACGGAGUCGAUCGCGCGCGGCGGCGUCCAGGCCGCCGCGGAGGAGGCGCUGGCCCUCGGCGUCAUGCCCAGCGACCCGGCGGCGGACUUCAGCCAGGUGUCGCUCCACAACAUGCCCGGCGAGUACACGUGGCCCAUCGUCGCCGUGUCCUACCUCUACGUCCGCGCGGACCAGACCGCGACGGGCGCCAAGGGCCCGCUCCUCAAGGCCUUCGUCGAGUACGUCCUCUCCGACGACGGCCAGGCCCUCCUCGGCGACUACAACUUCGAGCAGGCGCCCCAGCAGGUCCGCGACGUCGGGCGCAAGGCCCUCGAGGCCAUGGCGCUCGCGCCGGGCCACGAGGAGUGGACCUUCGAGUCCGCGACGAACAAGGGCGCGGGCCAGGAGGACUACGUCAUCUCGGCCAAGCGCCGCUCCCACUACGAGUACGCCCUCGGCGAGAUCGAGUCCGAGAUGGCGUCCUACGCGAGCCUCAAGGCGCUCGAGGCGACGGUCGCCGCGUUGGCCGCCGACGUCGCGGCCUCCUCCGCCGUCGGCGAGCACGUCCACGUCACCGCCCUCGACGAGAUCUUCCCGGACGACGGCGACGACGAGGACAAGCAGGACGAGGAGAUCGAGCUGGCGCUGGCCGUCGCGACCGCGGGCCUCGUCUUCGGCCUCGUGUCCCUCGUCGUCGCGGCCGUCGCCGCGUGCAAGCUCUCGAAGAUGGCCCGCGCCCGCGACCGCGCGGCCGGCGCCCUCGUCGGCGACGUCUGCAUCCCCGAGCGCAAGCCGUCGUCGCGCGCCUACGCGGACCUCGAGGCGGACGCGUGAGCGGCGCGCGCCUGACCCGCGCCGGUCGCCCCCGGGCGAGACCCGCGCCGCAGCGCCGCCGCCGCCGCCGUUCCGCUUCAUGAAUCCACCGCGCGCCCACGCGGCCGGAGAGAGAGAGGUCUCCCGGUACAGCACGCGCGGAGGACGACCCGCGGCCACCGAAGAAGACGAGCCGAGCGGCCAACCCCGCUGCCACCACGACGGACGAGUAACCAUUACGUCCCCACCCUCGAGAGCUGCGUCCUCCUCGGCGGGGCCCACCGAGACACCCCGGAGGGCAACGUGCACUGCGCUUGCACCAGGACUUGCACCCGACGCGUCAAUAAAUUUUAUGAGAUGCUG